CAAAAAUAGGUCAACCUCGUGUAUUAUAAACAGGGUUAGUGUACCUUUGAAUAUUGGCAGCCAUCUAGCUACUUGGGAAUUGGUGUGUUUGCUCGCUGUUGGUUUAUUUGGUUAUGAUACGCAGAUGUGAAAGCAAUCAUGGAGCUUGGCUUAGCAUUUGAUGAUGAAGAUUUAGAGGAAAACACUAAAAAGUCAAAGACAAAUCAGCUUGUAUCCUAUAAUGCCAAAUUUUGUCCACCCAAGUGGUAUGAGGAUGCAGAUAUCAAUGACAAUGAUUCAGCUGCUCAGAUAUUAAAAUACAGGGGAGAUCACUCAUACAUCAAGAAAGAAUAUGCUGCAGCCAUUGACCACUAUGAGGAAGCUUUCGGUAGACUGCCAGCUAACAACAAAGGAAUGAGGAGGGAAAUGAAGGAGUGUCAGACUAGGAGUUAUGUGGCCCUGCAGCAGCACAAGCAGGCCCUGGAACUAGCAUAUCAGCUAAAAGAUGAUGCGUCCACUCCUGACCAGCACUUCCAGUCCUUAGUCCUGCUGACCUAUGUACAGGAGGCUGCCCAGGACUGGCCAGAAUUUGAAGAGUCUGUAAAACAGCUGAUCUGCUGUCACCCUGAUAGUGGUAAUCUAUGGAGGAGGUUGUCCCAGUGUUACUGGCACAGACAACACAACCAGGGUACACCAGAGUACUAUAAACUUCUCACCUGUCUGGUGCGGUCAAGACUAGUGUACUCCAGUGUCCGGAGGUCUGUUGGAAUGUUUGUGGCAGAGAGAAAUGAAAGCUAUCUGAAACAGAUAGGACAACAAAUCUCAGACCUAAAUGCCAGCGAUGAACUGAUACAGAAGGCCAAGCAGUUUCUGAGUCAUGAUAUGUCCAAGGUGGAGCAACACGAAGGGGGAGAUAACUCUGUACAGAAACAAAUGGAUGUGAAAGAUUUUGACAAGCGAUGGUAUUCCUGGGCAGAUGAACUUUUGCCAACUUGAGUAUAAAGGUAUACACCCAUUCAGGUCCUCGUGAUGACCGUUACAUAAUUCCAGAAGAACUGUCACAGGCACUGUCUUCCUCUAAGAAUUGCAACCAUCCACCAGAAGUUUAUCUAGAAGUCUAGACUGGAUGAAAGGUAACACAACCAUAGUGUGUGUUCACAAGUUGACAUGAAACAAGUUAACAUGUGGCGUUGUAACAAACUUUCACGACAUGUGUGUCGACAAGAACAGAAAGUGUCACGAUCAACAAAGCUUUGAGAAGGUUCUAAUUGUGUACUGCCUGGUGCAGAAACAACAAUAAUCUGGUCUGUGAUGUGGAGAAGAC